AUGUGGACCUCUCUCGAGUCGGUCUUCACCGGUGGAGAUAUCGCCAAGCAGAUGCCCAUGGAGGCCAAGAAAUUCCAGCAGAUCGACAAAGACUGGUUCAAGAUCAUGCAGAAGUCGGCUGACACGAAGUAUGUGGUGCCCUGCUGCCAGAACGACAUGCUGAAGCAGAUGCUUCCGGUGCUCUCUGAAGGAUUGGAGAAGUGCCAGAAGUCACUGGAAAGCUACCUCGAGGGCAAGCGGAACAAGUUUCCGCGCUUUUACUUCACCAGCGAUCCGGUGUUGCUGAAGAUCCUGUCGCAAGGUAGCGAUCCGGAGAGCAUCCAAGAGGACUUUGAGAAGCUCUUCGACGCCAUCAAUCGUGUCCAGUUUGACAAGGUCGACAGGAAGAAGAUUAUCAAAAUCAUGGAGACCCACGGCUCCGUGCAGGAGAUCGUCGACCUGCAGACACCGGUGCAGGCACAAGGCAACAUCGAAGACUGGCUGCUUGCUUUGGAGUCGGAAAUGCAGCGCUCCGUGAGACGGGAGUGCCGCAUUUGCUCGAUGGAAUGCGGGCAGGUGUCAGACGGCAGCAUGAACAUGACCGACUUCGGCAAGAAGUGCAUUGCGCAGGUGUCCCUUCUGGGCAUCCAGCUCAUCUGGACAGCGGACUUUCAGGAUGCGCUGACGCGCAUGGCGCGGGAUAAAGACAAGACGGUCAUGAGCACUGCCAACAAGAAGUUCGUGCAGAUGCUGACCGACCUGGUAGCCAUCUGCUUGACCAACCUGUCUUCGAAAAUGGAGCGCACCAAGUUCGAGACUCUCGUCACUGUGCAUGUCCAUCAGAAAGACCUGUUCCAAGAGGUCUGGAAGAAGGCCCGAGACGGCAAGGUGAAGGACGAGAACGACUUCGAGUGGCUGAAGCAGACGCGACUGUACUGGAAGCAAGAAACAGAUCACGCCGUCGUCUCUAUUGCGGAUGUGGACUUCGUGUACUCCUAUGAGUACUUGGGCUGCAAGGAGCGCCUUGUGAUCACGGCCCUGACCGACCGAUGUUACGUGACGCAGUCCCAGGCGGGUUGGGGGUUUAGAAGAUGUUGGUUUAGAUAUGGGACGCACUCUGGGAGUCUUCGUCGUGGUCACGAACUGCUCCGAUCAGCACCGCUUCAGAGAUAUGGCUAA